GACCUGGGCUCUAGGAUGCAGAUAUUUAAGGUUGACAGCCAGGGCAACUUCUCUGGCACAUACCACACUGCUGUGUCAAGCGCCCAGAAACCCAUCGAGCCAUGUCCCCUUGUUGGAACCCAGCACUUGGAUGAGGACGGGCAGUGCACCUUUGGCUUCACUGUGAACUGGAAGAAGUUUUCUGAUUCCACAGCUGUCUUUAUGGGACAAUGUUUUGCCGGGAAAGGUGGUGAGGACAUCCUGCACACCUCCUGGCUACUGCGGGAAAAGGUUGACUCCCUGCCCGACGACUGGAAAGCUACCAGGACUGGCCGCAACGUCUUCAUUCGGGUGGGCCAAAUGGAGGAAAGAGAAUCCUCUUGAUUCAGCCAGGCUUCGUAGGCCUGAAGAACCUGCAGCAGCUUCAAUGUGUUGAUCUUUAAACAUAAAUAAAGUUUUUUUCCUUUAAAC